AGAUUUGGAGAUGUUUGUAAACUGGGAGAGUAGUUACAAGUUCGAUAACCUCAGGCUGGAGUCUUUGGUGAGCUCUGUCAAUACAAUCCUGGAGAAGAUUAAAGAGUUUCUACCAUGCCCAUGGGAAUUCAGUGAAUUCAUCACUUUUGAUAAAAACAUGGCAGACGAAAGGCUGAGAGUAUCCGAGGACAACAGACAAGUGACAUUUUCCAUCAACAACAGCACGUCGAGUAAGAAAACAAUUAAAAGUCACCAUAACGGUGAAAGCUUUCUGAGCGUCCUGGCAGAGCAGUGUUUCACAGCUGGUAAGCACUACUGGGAGGUGGACGUGAGAGAGUGCCCCACCUGGGCGACGGGGGUACUACAAGUCCAGCCAGGCCAAGAGGCAUCUCCACUGGAACAUGGUGCACCGUCUUGGACUCUGGAGUCAGAAUCUGGCGUCCUGUCGGCAGAAUCCAAUGGCGACUCGUACAAGGUGACCGAGGAAGACCUCUCCCUCCUCGGCAUCCUCCUCGACUGCGAUGAACACCGCUUGCGCUUUUACAAUGUGGUCACCGGUGCUGCCCUGCACACAUUUCCGGUUCAUCACGGUCAGACGAUGAGGCCAGUUUUCAGCAUUGGUCCUCUGGUGGACAAAUCCUCUAGUCUGGUACUUUGUGACCUCCAUCAGGAGGUUACUGAGGGGCCUGAGAGCGUGCCUACUGAGGGGCCUGAGAUGUUGCCUACAGAGGGAUCUGAAAGUGUGCCUACUGAGGACCUGGGUCCUGACAGCGUGCCUACUGAGGGGCCUGAGAGCUUGCAGGGGCCUGAGAGCUUGCCUACUGAGGGGCCUGAAAGUGUGCCUGAUUCAGAACCCCCUCCUUGAGCUACCACCCCUUGAAUCUCAUUUCCAAACACUCGAGGAAGACUAAUAUAUUUUCCCUCUUUUUUUCACUAGGCCUACAUGAAUGGAAUUCCAUUUCAAACUGUUAUCUGUAACUGAAUCUGCACUUUAACUUACCGUAUCAAUAGCUUCUCUCUCUGGGCAGCUGUUCCCUGAAGGUGAGGGGAGCUGGCCUUGAUACUAGACGUUUGCAGGAACUGUAACCCAUACCCUGUAUGAUAACUGUAACUUGUGUGUGUGUGUGUGUGUGUGUG